AUGUCGAGUUCCUGCGAGCUCAGCGAUGAGCAUUACAUGAGACGGGCCCUGGAAGCAGCAGAGGAGGCAAAACAGUUGGGAGAAGUGGCUGUUGGGUGUGUCCUGGUGCAGCGACAGAGUGGGCGGAUCCUGGCAGUUGGCCACAACGAAACAAAUCGCUCUUGCAACGGCACACGCCAUUGUGAAUUUGUAGCUUCUCAACAAGUUCUAGCCCAGGCUGAUGGUGCAGAACUGCUUCGAAAUAGCCGGCUGUAUGUGACCCUUGAGCCCUGCAUUAUGUGUGCAGCAGCAUUGCAGCUCUUGGGCGUGCCCGAAGUGGUCUUCGGUGCUGGAAAUUCUCGAUUUGGUGGAUGUGGUGGCGUGUUUAAUGUGCACAAGAUGAAGGCCACCGAAAACCCAGGAGGCCCCUGCUCUUGUGCAGAUGCAGCCCGACCAGCUUUGAAAGGAUUCCAUUGCCGUGGUGGUGUUCUGGCUGAGGAGGCUGUGAAACUUCUUCAGGAUUUCUAUCGUUCCGGAAACCCAAACGCGCCGGAUCUGAAGCGACAUCGGCCACUAGAGCCAGAAGCAAAGCCAGAAGUCAAAGACAUGGAUGGUGCAGAUGCGUGCGAAAAGUACAGAACUGUUUGGGAAAGAGUUCAGAAGUGGAGCUUCAAACCCUCAACCGCCAGCAGCUUCAGCGCCAGCUUCAACAAGCUGACCAUCACGCUGACCAUCGUGACCAUUGUGAGCAUCGCGAAGAUGGGAUCCGCAUGCAGUUCCACGGAGGUGUCUACCCCUGAGAUGCCCACAGUGAAAAUGUGGGUCAUCAAGGUGACAGACUUCUUGAAGAUGGACAUUCCCAUGCCUUCGCACGAAAGGUGUCUUGAAGCUGGGCUGCUGCAUCGUUGGGAGAAGACCUUCUUUUGCAUCUUCGUGUCCCACCAGUGGUUGGGAACACGCCAUCCAGAUCCCAAAGGGAAACAGUUCCAGAUUUUGCAGAAUGCUUUGAGGAAGAUCCUUGAUGGUACUUCAACUGUGUCACGAGACAUUGCCUCAGAGCUCUAUGGUGACACCAAGAGGUUUACAGAUGAAGACCGGUCUCGACUGCAAAAUGCAUAUCUGUGGCUUGAUUGGCUCAGCGUGCCACAAGCUCCGGUGAAGAUCUCUCAGGUUUUUGACAGAGCUCAGACUGAUGACUUGGACCCAGCGGUGAGGUCGUUGAGGACGACGCACAGGGUCGUUUUAGAGAAACGGGGAAGCCUCACGACGCAGGAUGUCCAUAUACUUUCCAUUCCUACCUUCGUGCAGCAAUCAGAUGUUUUCCUGGCUCUGGUUCCAACAUUGCAGCACGAAGAUACUGGUUUUCCUGUCAACUUCGUGAGUUGGUUCGACAGGGGUUGGUGCAGGAUGGAAAUGUGGUGCAAGAUGUUAUCAGAGAAAGCCAGCAGUGCAUCAAUGCCGAUGAUUGUAGUUUCGGGUCCAGACCGGAUCAUGCUUGAAACGCCACUUCACUGGAUUGAUCGUCCGCCGCAUGAGGGCAAUGUGACCUUUGAAGCAGACCUGGAUGUGAUAUUUUCUGUGAUGCAGCACCUGCUUGACCAACGGUUGAAGUUUCUUGCUGGACAAGGCAGAAGCGACAGCUACGACUACCUUUUGGCAAGGUAUGAGGCAGUGUUAGGCCUACCAGUGCAUGAGAGAUCUUUGGAAGACUUCUGUGUUCAUUUCGGUUUCGGCUCGGUGGAGUCGGCCAGAAAGUCCACAAGAAACAUUGGACCAAUGGCUUGUGCAGUGGCAUCUGGAGACGCAUCUAUGAUCCACGCCCUGGCUGAAGUAGGCGUGUCUCCAAAUUUGCAUUUGAAGCCGGUGCUUGAUGUUCGAAUCAUGUCAAGCCUGAGCAUUAUCCAUCUGGCUGUCGAUGUCAGCUGGAGACAGCCAAGAGUUCUUGAAGCCCUUCUUGCAGUGAAAGCCGAUCCGAACACGCAUGAUGACCUUGGCUACCCCGUCCUUGGCUUUUGCCGGACAACACGGGACGUUGAAUUGCUGGUGCGUCAUCGUGCCGAUGUCAACCGAAGGAACUAUCCAUCGAAUCAGCUGGCAAUCAGUGUAGCCUGUGAAUAUUGUGCACCACCACAGGUUGUGUCGAAACUCUUGGAGUGCGGCUCCCUAGUGAAUCCUGUUGGCGGGGGUUGUGGCCUUGGUUGUGCCCAUCCACUGAGCUUUCUGAGUAUGUGGGCAUCAGCGAACCGCCAUUGCUUGGAGGUGGCCCAAGUACUUCUACAUGCUAGGGCAGAUUUGAAUCAACAGUGCGUUGCCAGCGGGCGGUGGCGUGCUCUUGAGCUUGCAAGUCGGGCCUAUCUUCGAUUUAGUGCGUCCUCUUCCAUGCUGGUGCAAUACUAUGCAGAGUGGAGCACCACGCCUUUGGGCAUGGCUUGCUUUUUUGGCAGUGAAGACCUCGUAUCCUUUUUCUUGGAAGCUGGAGCGGACCCAGACAUUCCAAACCUGCGUGGCCACACUCCCAUCCACUUAGCCAGUACCCAACGAAUUGUUGAAAUGAUAGAGAAGCAUCAGUCUGAGACGGCAUCGACCUUUUCCAUUUAG